AUGGCUCGUGUCACCAGAUACAACCCGAGAGCAGCGAUGCUUCUCCCCGAGGGUCUGCUGCCCUUGCUGGCACUCUUUCUGUCCACAAGCCCCAUCAUGGCGGCGGCCGCAACCAUUGUUACCGCUGGGCGCGCCCUCCCGGUUCCCGAGGGUCAGUACCCGCUCCACAUGACGAUCCCGGCAUCAGCAUGGCAGCCUACCGAGACGGCUGGCUGGACAGUGGAUGCUGCUGUCAACAAGGACGCCGAUGCUGCGAUGAGUGGCUUCUCCCCGCGGCCGACAGAUGGCCCUAGGUUCGGAAGCAUGGAUAUCUUCAGGCGGCAGGCCGCGACGCUGAAGCCCAACGAGUGCGGUUUCUUGCCCAAUGGAGUCGCAUUUGCAUGCCCGGGCGAUGGAGCAUCUUGCAAGCACGAUGGCACGCAUCUGGGAUGCUGUCAAAAGGACGGGUCAUGCAAGUUCCGCGCAAAGACGUGUAUAGAUUACAAAGCGUCGGUAGAAGGGGCCUGUAAAGCCGUUACUGACCCUGCGACGCGGUGCUGCUCCGAGUCCAGCAAUGCGUUCUGUUUCACACUCCAGUUCUCCACGAGCACGGAGCCAGGCAAGAUUAUAACCCUGCUCGACUGCCAGGCGAGCCCCGGCACGGGGAUCCUGUACAACAGCCCGCCGCCCAAAACGACGACGACCAGUCAGACGAGCAAGAAAACAGCGACGACGUCACCGACGAGCACGCAGCCCGCCACUACAACGUCGGGGUACGGGUCUGGCCCGACCAACACCGGCGACGGCGACCAACCGGGGAAUCCGGAGCAGCAGCAGCAGCCAGGGACGACUUCAUCUCCUAGUGCCAACAAGGGCGCAAUUGCCGGCGGCGUCGUGGGCGGCGUCGCGUUCCUCGGUCUUAUCGGAGCCGCUGUAUUAUUUCUACUCCGGCGCAAGAAGGCCGCCAAAGCGCCCUUGUCAAAAAAUGGCGGCGACGCGUCCACGCCCGGAGCCACGUAUCCGCCCACCAGCCCGUAUCAGACGCAUCUGUCAGCUUCGUACGGCAGCCCGGCGGAUACCAAUACGCCCUUUAGCAUGGAACAGCAACAGCAGCCGCAAAAACAGGGCUGGUAUCCUCACUCCACUCAUAAUAGCAUAAAUGGCACUGCGCAGUCGACAACGCCUAUGCAACAAGAAUACUCCCCAUACCGGCCACCUGCACCUCCGGCAGAGCUGGACCAUCCGCAUGUAAUCCACGAAUUGCCUGGCGACAUUCCGACGCCCCGGUAA